CAGACACACACACACCUCUCCACUGCAGUGCCUGAGCUGAGAUCUCUGCUGCUCCUCAUUCUCCUCAGGUCAAAAAGUCUUUUCUGUGAAAGCUGCACGUCCCACCAGCCAGUCAUCAUGUAUAAUCCACCAAGAGUUUCAGAUGAUAGUUAUGCGUACGCCCUGUCCAAGACCCUGACGAAAGUUUCAUCGCCUGCAACUGUGGGACUCUACUCUUCAUGUCAGAAUCGAGUCAACAUGAUCCUCGGGCAAAUGGAAGUGUUCAUGGACGAGGAGGCGGUGAAGAUAGAGAAUGAACACAAAGGAAAACCUCGCUCGUCAUUCACAGGCUUCUUUGGACUCAUUGGCCGACUGCUCUUCUACAGGCCUGUUUGGACUAAGACCAACCAGCAGCUCCAUGACAUCCGGUUCAUUUAUGUACAUUUCAGUGCCUGGCAUUUCGCAGGCAGUGACCUGCUUUGGGCCGGGCUAGCCAUACGACUGUUUCAGGCCAUGCAGAUAAACUUUGGGAGAUUACAGCUUGCACUCUACCGUGUGGCACAACAUGAUGAAGAGGAGGAAUUCAAGAAGAAGAUUGUGGAGAAUGGUACGAACAACUGGAGGUCCAAGAAGAUCUGCUGCUGCCCUUUGUGGUGUCUCGUUCUGGUCAUUCUUGUGGUACCAGUCAUCAUCCUGGUAUUCCUAUUGACAUUUGGCAUUCCCAAACCUGCGGUAAAGCCAGAUGGGGGUGCGAAUAAAGGAAAUGGUCAGGUGGGUAUGCUCGAGGGCCUGAUCAUUGCUUCGUUGGGAGUCCCAGCAGCAAGUGCAGUCAGAUUCACCUUUCUAAUGGUUAAGAACCUCAUUGUCAACCAGGAAGUGAACAUUAACAAGGGUAUGGACAACAAGCGGGUGAGCAGCCAACUUGGUUUUAUGAAUGAGGUGAGAAAGGAAAUGUGGUUCCUGUGUCGCUUCAUCCGGUUUAUGGAGUUAUUUGAGAGGAGAAGGAUUCGAGUGGUGCUGAAGAUCACCAAUCUGGACCGCUGCGCGCCUAAGAAAAUUGUGGCAGUUCUGGAAGCCAUCAACAUUCUGCUUUCAGACGAGGAGAGUCCGUUUAUUUCUAUUCUGGCAGUGGACCCAGAUGUUCUUGUGCAGAAAGUGAACUUUGCAGACGACUGUUUCAGCGAAGAGGACAGAGCGUAUGCGUUGUUGAACCGCAUAGUUACUCUGGCCUUCACUAUCCCACCACUGUGCGAUGAUUCAAAGCAGAGUUUAUAUUACAGCCUCACUGGUAAUUCAAAAAUCCCUGAGGAUAUGAGCGCGGGGAAAGAUAAUCAAAGAACAGGGGACCCCAACAACAAAUCUUCCUCAGAUGCAACAGAAGUACUUAUUCCACUGGAACAGUCAAAUUCACCAACCGAUACAACUACAGAAGCAUUUGAUGUAAAUGAAGAGGAAGUAGAGACACUGGUGAGGAGCAUAAUGACCAGCAAUAAAAGAAAUAUAAACCAGUACAUGUCAGAUGAUGCCAUGUCCAUGAGGAGGGUGAUCAACUCCAUUCGCGUGACCGUGAUCAUGAUAGCCUUGAACAAACAUCUUCCUCAACCAGAGAACAUUGCAGCAUGGGUGGUCUUAGCCAAUCAGUGGCCCUGCCGACUCAGCUGGAUCAUCCAGUGUGCAGAAGAUGCUGAGCAAAGAGCAGCUAUUGAUUGUAAGAGCGUGGACAACACGGACGACUCAAAGACCUUGUGGGAAGUCUUCAGAGAGUCCAAGGCAGAGCUGUACGUGAUGAGUGCGCAGAUUGAGGACCUCCUCGAGCAGGACGGAGAUCCUGAGAUGUUUGAAAGGUUUCUCACGGUAGAUUUCCAGUUCACCGUAAAGGACUUGAAGACAUUUGAAGUGGUGACGGUGAACCUGGAUCACACAAUCAGGAAGGAGCUGGCUCAGAUGAGAGGGACGUCCAGGCUGAAGGAUUCUGGUUGGAUGAGGGACCUGGCCCCUCUACCAAUCACAACUAUUAUAAAUAUGGAUACAGAGGGUGUAUGCAAAGAGUUGGAGAGGAUGAAGUACCCCAGCAAGUAUAUUGAUAAAGUGGAAAGCAAUGACCUCAAUGGUAUGGCCCUGCUCUUUGGUAACACGGACGACCUCAAAGACCUCCUAGACAUGACCUAUGGAGAAUGGGCGACUUUCAGACUGCACUUCCUGGGUUUACCAUCACAUCUCCGACCUCAGAACAAGAACCUGCUGCCGGCACCUUCUCAUCCUCAAAACCAGCUCCUGAGGUUUAAAGCACAUAAGCACCAUCAUUACUCGUCCAAUGCCAGUCUGGUUAGCAGCUCUAUGUAGGAAUUACGUCUGAUGUGCAUAAAAUCACGAUCUGCAUGUGAACCAUAGCGACAAAUAUCAUAAAAAUACAUAUUUGCUAAAUGUUUCAGUGUUACAGAUAAAUGAUUAAAGGUUUAGUGCAACGUUUUGGGAAAUAUCAGAUUCUUGCCAUGGUUAGAUGAGAAGAUCCUGAUCCCUCUCAUGUCUCAGUCUAUGGUUUCAGUGCUAAAUGUGAAGCUAUAGCCAGCAGGUAAAUAUAGUAUAUUAGCAUAGCAUAAAGACUAGGAGCAGGCCAGGGAAUACUGCUACCCUGACUAUGAUGUGUGAAAUAACGCCUGUGUCAGCGCUGCAGGUUGGUCCGACUGCACCUAUUGUCCUUCUCCAGCUUAAUUGUAUUUCUUCAGUCAUUCACAAUGAUCUUGGGCAACACGAAGCCCAAGAUGCCGCAUUUGCACAUGGGAAGAGGAUCACUGUAAUUAAAAUAGCUGCCCCCCGCCCCCAAAAUAUAUAGAGCACCACUUUGCUUAACCUCUCAAUCUGCUAAUGACGGUGUCUAACCAACUUUGUCAAACUGUCUACAUGCACCCUGAAACCCAUGGAGGGAUUUCAGCUCAUCACUCCCUCUGUUCUCAACAGGAGCACAAUGAGCUACUGAGCCUUGAUGACUCAAUAAAUUGCAUUUAGAUUUCAUUUGUUAAGUCCUGGGAUUGCUCACUGUCACACUGUUAUGGCUUAUUGUGACAUUUGGAUAGAACGGAGCUAUUGUUUAUUUUGUUAAUAAAACUUUGAAUACUCUUGACAUAUCAAAAUGUCUGCUGUGAAAAGGGCCUUUUAUGAGACACUGUUUACUUUUUCUUGUUUUUGUUUUACGUCUUUGUGUUUUAGAAGAAUAGCUAACAAACAGAAAGGGAUGUGGAAUUUAAGCUGUGAAACUGUCAGCUCUUUAUGAGUUGAAACCCAGACUCUUACUUAACCACUUAAGUUCUGUUUAAGUGUAAAAUUACAUAUUUUAUGACCUUAUACUUGUAAAUAAAUCUUUUUUUAGUCCAUUAACAAUUCAGAGAAUGAUGUAGUUCACUGUGAGGAUGAAAAAGAGGCUCGCUCAUGCAAAAAACUCCGAGUAGUUAUGUCUUUUAUUCUUGUUUUAAAAAGUUUUAUGGUUUUCCUCUAUAUGUACUGUAACUUUACUGUGCAAUCUGUAAAGAGUUUGUAGGUGCUUGAUGUUUUUAUGCUCAUAAACGCUUCCCACAAGUUUUAAAAACCUAAAUUAAAGUGGGAGAAAGUUGAGGACAUGGACAUCACCAUGAUUCAGUCACAGGAGGCCUCAUUUUCCGAGCCUGAAAGGACACUGACACAAUUUAUUUGGUUCUUUCAUCAACUGAAAUCCAUUGUGAUGUGUUCAGGCAACGUUUAUUGAUCAUUCAACAGAAAACCAAAUACUGUAUAGUUCCUGCAAUGAAUUGUAAUUCUCCAUUUCAUGCAAAAUCAAUAAUGUAAACUCUGACAAGUGAAAAAUGCAAAACCAUAAUAAAAAUGCUUAUCCACACAAAUAUA